UCACACCGCUUGACUCAACCUGGAAUAUUCGACCACCCCGCCAACGGUCACUCUUAUUCGGUCACAAAACAAUGCAAUAUUUCGCGGAGCAGUGAAUUAAUCCGGAAAUAAUCGCCCGUGCCCAGAGCUUUGGAGGCCAAGUACCAGGGAGCUAGUCCCAGAGUUGGUCGCAGUCCCAGUGAAACCGAAUCGUAGCCAACCGCGAUCCUUGCAACCGUGCUGUGUCGAACCCAAGAAAUCCUAUUGAUUUUGGGUCUGCAAUUGUGCAUUAAAUAUUAAGCAAAAACGAGGGCUGGUCGCGUGGCAGCCAGUGGCAAAUUGUUGCUCCUGCGGCACAGGCAGGACACCUGGACACAGGAUGCGGGCAAGCCAGCGACGGACAACGGCGAGGCUUGUGUAGGACGGGCAGAGCAACUGCUGGAGGAGAGAACUGGACUGGGAGUGGAAAACCCGAAAGCCCACUGAAUAUUGCGCUUGUUUUUUGUUGCCUAUUUUUUUCGGGGCGUGUGUGUGCCAAAGCGUAGCAAACAAGCACAACAAUGGCCAACAGCAGCCGAAGUCGGGCCAUUUUGAGUGUUAAUCUCGAUGCGGUCAUGGCCAACGAUCCGCUGAGGGAGCUCUUCGAGGCCUGCAAAACGGGCGAGAUCGCCAAGGUGAAGAAGCUAAUAACGCCGCAGACCGUGAACGCCAGGGAUACGGCGGGACGCAAGUCCACGCCAUUGCAUUUCGCAGCGGGUUAUGGACGCCGUGAAGUGGUCGAAUUCCUGCUGAACAGCGGCGCCUCCAUCCAGGCGUGUGACGAGGGUGGGCUGCACCCGCUGCACAACUGUUGCUCCUUUGGCCACGCCGAGGUGGUUCGAUUGUUGCUGAAGGCGGGCGCCAGUCCGAACACCACCGACAACUGGAACUACACGCCAUUGCACGAGGCGGCCGGCAAGGGCAAGGUGGAUGUGUGCCUGGCUCUCUUGCAGCAUGGCGCAAAUCAUACGAUCCGCAACUCAGAGCAGAAGACUCCACUGGAGCUGGCGGACGAGGCGACGCGUCCCGUAUUGACCGGCGAAUAUCGCAAGGAUGAGCUGCUCGAAGCCGCACGCUCUGGGGCCGAGGAUCGCCUACUGGCCCUGCUCACUCCACUCAAUGUCAACUGUCAUGCCAGCGAUGGACGACGCUCCACGCCGCUCCAUCUGGCAGCAGGCUACAAUCGGAUCGGCAUCGUGGAAAUCCUGCUGGCCAACGGAGCGGAUGUCCAUGCUAAGGACAAGGGCGGUCUGGUGCCGCUGCACAAUGCCUGCUCCUACGGACACUUCGAUGUGACCAAGCUGCUUAUCCAGGCGGGCGCCAAUGUCAACGCCAACGAUCUAUGGGCCUUUACGCCGCUCCACGAGGCCGCCUCCAAAAGUCGCGUCGAGGUCUGCAGCCUGCUGCUCAGUCGUGGAGCGGAUCCCACCCUCCUAAACUGCCACAGCAAGUCGGCCAUCGAUGCGGCGCCCACCAGGGAGCUGAGAGAGCGUAUUGCCUUUGAGUACAAGGGUCACUGCCUGCUGGACGCCUGUCGAAAGUGUGAUGUGUCCCGUGCCAAGAAGCUGGUGUGCGCAGAGAUUGUUAACUUCGUGCAUCCAUAUACAGGAGACACUCCGCUCCACUUGGCCGUGGUCAGUCCGGAUGGGAAGCGCAAGCAGUUGAUGGAACUGCUGACCAGAAAGGGAUCACUGCUGAACGAGAAAAACAAGGCUUUCCUCACACCGCUGCACUUGGCUGCCGAGCUGCUUCACUACGAUGCCAUGGAGGUCCUGCUUAAGCAGGGCGCCAAGGUUAAUGCAUUGGACAGCCUGGGACAAACGCCACUGCAUCGGUGUGCCCGUGAUGAGCAAGCGGUGCGACUGCUGCUCUCAUACGCAGCGGAUACGAAUAUCGUGUCCCUGGAGGGACUUACGGCCGCUCAAUUGGCAUCGGACAGCGUGCUCAAGCUGCUAAAGAAUCCUCCGGACAGUGAGACACAUUUACUGGAGGCAGCCAAGGCAGGAGAUCUGGACACUGUGCGCCGAAUAGUGCUCAACAAUCCGAUUUCGGUCAAUUGCCGGGAUUUGGACGGACGACAUUCCACACCUUUGCACUUUGCUGCUGGGUUUAAUAGGGUGCCAGUGGUUCAGUUUCUUUUGGAGCACGGCGCCGAGGUUUAUGCGGCUGACAAGGGCGGACUGGUGCCCCUGCACAAUGCCUGCUCUUACGGGCACUAUGAGGUAACCGAACUGCUGGUCAAGCACGGAGCCAAUGUAAAUGUGUCGGAUUUGUGGAAGUUUACUCCCCUCCAUGAAGCCGCCGCCAAGGGAAAGUAUGAUAUUUGCAAGUUGCUCUUGAAACAUGGCGCUGAUCCAAUGAAGAAGAAUCGGGAUGGCGCGACACCGGCGGAUUUGGUUAAGGAAUCUGAUCACGAUGUCGCAGAGCUGCUUAGAGGACCGUCAGCUCUGCUAGAUGCAGCAAAGAAAGGGAACUUGGCACGGGUACAGCGAUUGGUUACGCCGGAAUCCAUCAAUUGUCGGGACGCGCAGGGCAGGAAUUCCACACCACUUCACCUGGCCGCCGGAUAUAACAACUUUGAGUGCGCCGAGUACCUCCUGGAGAAUGGAGCCGAUGUUAAUGCACAGGACAAGGGCGGACUAAUACCUCUGCACAAUGCCAGCAGCUAUGGACAUUUGGAUAUUGCGGCACUUCUAAUUAAGCACAAGACGGUUGUCAAUGCGACAGAUAAAUGGGGAUUCACACCGCUCCACGAGGCUGCACAGAAGGGGCGCACUCAAUUGUGCUCGCUCUUGUUGGCCCACGGUGCCGAUGCCUAUAUGAAAAACCAGGAGGGGCAGACGCCCAUCGAGUUGGCCACGGCAGAUGAUGUUAAGUGCUUGCUCCAGGACGCGAUGGCCACCUCUUUGAGUCAGCAGGCGUUGAGUGCUUCCACGCAAUCGCUGACAAGCAGUUCCCCGGCACCAGAUGCAGCUGCUGCUGCGGCACCGGGCACAUCUUCAUCGUCCUCAUCCGCAAUCCUAUCGCCCACCACGGAAACGGUGUUGCUGCCCACCGGUGCCUCCAUGAUCCUGAGUGUUCCUGUUCCACUUCCACUGUCCAGUAGCACCCGCAUCAGUCCCGCCCAAGGAGCAGAGGCCAAUGGAGCUGAGGGCUCCUCUUCGGAUGAUCUACUGCCGGAUGCGGAUACCAUAACAAAUGUCUCCGGAUUCCUAAGCAGCCAGCAGCUGCAUCAUCUAAUCGAACUCUUCGAGCGCGAACAAAUCACCUUGGACAUUCUAGCCGAGAUGGGCCACGACGAUCUCAAGCAGGUGGGCGUCUCCGCCUACGGCUUCCGCCACAAGAUACUCAAGGGAAUCGCCCAGCUGAGGUCCACCACAGGCAUUGGUAACAACGUGAAUCUAUGCACAUUGUUGGUGGACUUGCUGCCGGACGAUAAGGAGUUUGUGGCCGUGGAGGAGGAGAUGCAGGCCACGAUUCGUGAACAUCGCGAUAAUGGACAGGCUGGAGGUUACUUCACUCGAUACAACAUCAUUCGGGUGCAAAAGGUACAGAAUCGAAAGCUGUGGGAGCGGUAUGCUCAUCGGCGGCAGGAGAUCGCCGAGGAGAAUUUCCUGCAGUCCAACGAGCGUAUGCUCUUCCACGGUAGUCCCUUCAUCAACGCAAUCGUGCAGCGCGGAUUUGACGAGCGCCACGCCUACAUUGGCGGCAUGUUUGGGGCAGGCAUUUAUUUCGCCGAGCAUAGCUCGAAAAGCAACCAGUAUGUGUACGGAAUUGGCGGCGGCAUUGGCUGCCCUUCGCACAAGGAUAAGUCCUGCUACGUGUGUCCUAGACAAUUGCUGCUGUGUCGAGUGGCGUUAGGCAAAUCCUUCUUGCAGUACAGCGCAAUGAAGAUGGCCCAUGCACCGCCGGGACACCACUCGGUGGUGGGCAGACCCUCGGCGGGUGGCUUGCAUUUCGCCGAAUACGUUGUCUAUCGGGGCGAACAGUCUUAUCCGGAGUACUUGAUAACCUACCAAAUCGUCAAGCCCGAUGACAGCAGUAGUGGAACGGAGGAUACGAGAUGAUGGAUGCCCUCUGUCGGGUCCACGCCCACAACCACGUCGCCCGCGCUGCACCAGCCGCAAACGCAACAACAACCGCAGCAGCAGCAGCAGCAGCCGCAACCACAACAACAGCAGAAGGCACCACUGCCGUUGCCACCGCCACAACAGCAGACCUCAGCUCCAGUUGCCAAGAGGCGGCCCAAACAUGCCAAACCAUCGCUGCAGUUGCAGUAUCAGCCCUAUCAGCCCCAGCACCACCCGGUUGUUGCAUCCGCCGCUGCUGUGACCACCACCCAACCUUCGCCCGCUGGCGUUUUUGCGCACAGCAAUAACAACAAUAAUACGAGCAGCGGAAAUGUGAAUAAUAACAACAAUGACAUGUCGCCGGUGUCGAACAGCAAUAGCUACUCCUCGGUGGACACCAACCAGACGCUGCUCAACUCGCUGGCCAACCAGCAGCGCAACCAUCGACAGCAACAGAAUCAUCAUCAGCAGCAGCAGCAUCAGCAGCAGCAGGCGAACCGCAGCCAAAAGUAUAGUCAAUUUAUGAUCAUCACACCCGCCGUUUCCAUAGAUCGCGACUUUGAGUACGAGUCGCAUUUGGACUUUGAGGAUUUCGCCAAUGCGGCCCACAACAAUGGCAAUCUGUUUCGACUUGGAUUGCGGCGUAGUGAUAGCAGCAGCGACGACAGCGGCCACAGCAGCGAUAGCAGCAGUUUCCGCUCGAAUUACAAUCCCUACUUGCACCACAGUCGCCAGCAUUUGCUUUCGAAAGGUGGUAAUGGUGGUGGCGGCGGUGCUAGUCGUCACUUCUACGCCUUCACCUCGUCGUGGCGCUGGUGCAGUCUUCUGUGCGCCGCCAUGCGCUGCUUUGGGGCCGGCGGAGCCGGGCACGGUAAUGCUCCGUACAGCAGCUCGCUGCAACAUCAUCGACUAAGACGCUGUUCGUCGUACAAUGCGGAGAAUGCCUACGAGCACUUUGCGGCCCCCUUCAAGGCGCGCAAGACGCGCGACCACAUGAAUAACAUCACCUACGAGUUGUGACGGUGGUACGACAUGCUGGUGGUUAUUGAUCUCUAUGUCUCCGUUGGCCUCCCGUCUAUUUUAUUACAAUUACUAGCUAUAGAUGUCGUGUCCUGUGUGUCUCUCUCUCUCUCGUUGUUUAUUAUAUUACUCUAUAAUAUAUCACGUAAGGGCGAGCUAGCGAGAUGGAUUCGUUCGGUUCGGAUCGAAUUGGAUUGGAUGGGAUUGGGUUAAUCAAAAGUGAAGCACAGUUUUUGAGUGAUUUUAAUUCGAAAUACGGAAAAUGCGAUUCGAUCGAUUAUACGAGGUUAAAAGUUCUUUGCCGAUGAAUGCAUUACAUUACAUUACAUUACGCUCGCGCGUUUAUUUAAGUGUUUAAGCUUAGUUAAUUUAAACAAUAAUUAAAACUCCAAUUAAAUUUAAAUAUACAAAUACAUAUACAUCAA